AGUUUUCUGCAGUGCAAAAUAAGUGUUUGUUCGGAUGACCAGCUACGCUUGAAUUAUUCAAGACAUAAAUAUGAACUGCGACAGCAUGAGUGACCAAGAAGAACAUCACGAUGUUAGAAAUGAAAGUACUGAAGAACAAAGAGAGCUGAUGGAAGAAAAUGAAAUGAGUCCAGAACUGGAUGAAGUGGAAAAACCUCCGGAGCAAUCAUCUAGAUGCCCUCAGACUGAAAACAAGAAACAACAAAGAGCUUAUAAAGACAAAGGCAAAAGGACCUCCACCAUCAGCUGCCUAAAGUGUGGCAAGAGUUUCACAUGUAAAGGAAGCCUCAGGGAUCACACAAGAAUACACACCGGAGAGAAACCUUAUACCUGCCAUCACUGUGGAAAGAGCUUUGCACAAAACAGCAGCUUGAAGAUACACAUAAAUAUGCAUGCUAAAGAGAAACCUUUCACCUGCACUCAUUGUGGAAAGGGUUUCACAUAUAAAAGAAGCCUGGCAGAACACCUAACUAUUCACACUGGAGAAAAACCUUUCACAUGUUCACAGUGUGGGAAGACUUUUAGUCGUAGAAUUUACUUAGCUACUCACAUGAAGACUCACUCUAGUGAGAGGCCUUUUAUUUGUUCCCAAUGUGGAAAAUGUUUCGCUAAUACAGUAAACCUGAAAGCCCACGAGAAAGUGCACGCUAAUGUAAAGCAAUUUUACUGCGCUUCAUGUGGGAAAAGUUUUACCCAGUCAACUGCUUUACGGAGACAUUUAAAAUCAUUUAUACAUAAUAAAUUCAGACCACUUGAAAAAUUUAUGUCACAGAACAAUGCUUUUGAUGUGUAAAAUUCAUGGCAAUUUGCUUACCAAAAAUAAGGAGUAGGCUAAUUGAUUUAAAUACAGCUCCUCCUGUGGUAAGAUCUCUUUCUUUCUCUCUGUCAACAAUAAAAAUACAUAAUUCAUUUAAAAAAUGUAUCGCUCUA